AUGAUAAAAAGACUACGUCAUGGUGCUCGGGGUACUAAGAAAGUCACCACGGGAUGCUCGACCUGCAAUAGAAGCAGGCAUAAGAAGUGUGACGAGGCCAGACCAGCUUGCUCACCCUGUAUCAGAGCGGGAUGGAAAUGUGACUUCGCCUCGUCGGCUCCCCUCGGAGGGCCGCGGUACACGCCAACUCCUCUCAUUCGUAGCCUGCGAUACCCUCCUGCCAAGCCUUUACUGGCUGGCGAGUAUCAGCAUAUGGAGUACUUUCGGGUUGUGUGCGCUGGGGAGUUUUCUUUAUUUUUUGAGGUCGCCGAGUGGGAAGACAUCAUCGUUCAGGGUACUCUCGCAGAACCAGCAUUACAUCACGCGGCCCUAGCAAUCGGGGCUUUGGUUAGCAGGCGCUACCAUCCUGAUGUAUGGCAAAGCACUCCAGCUAUAGUCUUUUCAAUACGGCAUUACAGCAUGGCCAUCCUGGCUCUCCAAACUCGGCUUGAUGGAUCUCCCCGAAGUAUAGAGAUUGCUGUCUUGGCGAGCGUUCUCUUUAGUUACAUCGAAUUUCUUCUAGAUAUCGAUAGUCGGAUCGAGAUGCACAUCCAGGCUGGGUGCUCCAUGCUUGAGAACUUCCUAGCGAGGCACGAUAUGACACUCGCUGCUUUUAGUCGGGACAGACCGAAUUUUGAAGUUGGCAGUUCAUCUACUAGGUAUCAUCUACUUGCUCGUGCUAUGUAUCAGCUUACAACUCAAAUGACGUCUUUGCGGCAUUUUGAUUGA